GUGGUUUUUUUUUUUUUUAACUGUGUUCAUAAUUUAUAAGUAAAACUGUUUUCUUGAAUUGUGCUGAGGGUUAUCUGAUGUAUAUGUGUGAAAGAAACCAGGUCGUCUUUCCUGAAGCUUUUAAUCAAAGAUGCCAAAGACGCUACAGACCGAUAAGAUGGAUGGGACCCAGGACCAGGGUCUGGCUCUCAUGUUUGGCACCCACAUCCCUGGCCUUGCGCUUGAGGCAACCCUUGCGGCAGCGGGAGUUCCAGUCGUUGUCUUGACAUAUGAGGACCUUGCACUGGAUGUAAACCUCCUCGCUGUACCUCAAGAACUGGAAGGCCCUGAAGGAGAAUCGAGCGUAGCGGGUGGUGCCACUGACGUACGAGUGGAUUCAAAGAAAAUGCAAAGUCUACGCCCAGCUGUCGCGGUCCUGCUGGUGUGGUGCUGCCUCCAGGGAGGCCGAGGGAACCGGGUUUACAUCCACCCCUUCCACCUCUUCGCCGCCGACAACGUCAGCUGCGAGACCCUGCAGACCCAGACGGCCAAGCCCCUGCAGACCCUUCCCUUGGCGCCCCUCGACAUGGCGGUCCUGACCCCGGACCACCGAGAUCCGUCCGAGCAGGACACUCAGAAGCAGAACGUCACGCAGAGGACGGCGGUGCUGGCUGAGCUGCUGAACUCGUUGGGUUUGAGGGUGUACCAGGCGCUCAGCGGCAAGCAGCGAGGCGCCAACACCCUCCUGUCCCCCGUCAACACCUACGGAUCCCUGGUCACCUUCUACCUGGGGGCCUCCAAGAAGACUGCCAGCUCCUUCCAGCAACUGCUGGGCCUGAGCAGCGGCACCGACCGAGACGACUGCGUGUCCCUGGUGGACGGGCACAAAGUCCUGAAGACCCUGCACGGGAUCAGCUCCCCGGUGGACGACGAACGCGACGUCGAGAUCACCACGCGGGUGUGGCUGUUCAGCCCCCCGCACGUCCGCCUGUCCGCCGACGUCGCGCGAGGCGCCCGAGACUUCUCGGACUCGUCCUUCGUCCGCGGCGCCGACUUCGCGCGGCCCGAGCUGGUGAACGCUUUUGUGGAGAAGACGUCGGACGGGAAAAUGAAGGACGCCUUCAAAGAUGUGGACGUGAACUCCAACCUUCUGUUUGGUACUUUGUUCAACUUCCAAGGCAACUGGAAGACGACCUUCCAACCGGAGAAGACCUCCUCGCAGAAGUUUCACGUGGACGAAACCACCACCGUGACGGCUCCGCUGAUGACCCACACGGGCCUGUACCAGUACUUUAACGAUAAGGCGAGGAAGUGCACGGUGGUGAAAGUGCCGCUGAGCAGGCGCUCCUACAUGUUGGUGGCGCUGCCCCACGAGGGCGCCAAGCUGCGCGACGUCGAAGCCCAACUGCUCACCAAAGUCGUGUCCUCGUGGCGCAACAGCCUGCAGGAGGGGUUGCUGGAGCUGUCGCUGCCCAAGUUCUCCGUGUCAGCCGUGAACGACCUGCGGGAGCUUUUGGGCAACGUGGACGCCGAAGUGGAGGCCAAGCUGUUGGGCUCGCAGGCCGAAUUCGGCCGGCUGGGCGACGCCGACCGCUUCGUCGUCGAUAAGGCGAUCACCAAGGUGUCGUUCGAGAUGUCCGAGGAAAGCGCGCCGUCCCCGGACAAAGCGGACGAGGCGGCGGGGGCCCCCCUCAAGAUGUCCGUCGACCGACCCUUCUUGUUCUUCGUGCUGGAGGGCGAGUCCGACGCCAUCCUCAUGUUGGGCAAAAUCACGAACCCCACGCUGUGAGAACAACCGCGCCGGACUUCAAACGAAGGAAAUCGUCGGCGUUAUCAUCGUUGUCAGUAUUUAUGGAAUUGCGUUACUGUUUGUCACUUUUAAUUUCAACCUUAAUCCCCUCCCCCCCCAUUUUUAUAUUACAGCAAAUUCCUGCAUAGUGUUUUUUUAGUAGAGUUGUUACAGUUCACCAGCUCAGCCGUGUAUGUUGUAACUAAAAAGUUUAUUUUUGUUUGAUGGCUGAAUAAAAUGUUUGU